GAGCCGGGCGCGGGCGGCGCUCGUCUCUGCCGAGCCGCCCCCUGGCCGAGGCCGCCGCGCACUGCCUGGCCCGAGCGAGACGCGGCAGGCCGAGCAGGACGCCGGCCCGAGCGCCCCGCGGAGUGGCGGCUGUGGACUCCCAGCUGGCAGCCCACAGCAUGGAUUCGGAUUCGGGCGAGCAGAGCGAGGGAGAGCCCGGGACCGCUGCAGGUCCUGAUGUUUUUAGUUCAAAGAGCCUUGCCCUUCAAGCCCAGAAGAAGAUUCUGAGCAAAAUAGCCAGCAAAACUGUGGCCAACAUGCUGAUUGAUGACACCAGCAGCGAGAUCUUUGAUGAGCUCUACAAAGUCACCAAAGAGCACACCCACAGCAAGAAGGAAGCACACAAGAUCAUGAAAGACCUAAUCAAGGUGGCGAUCAAAAUUGGGAUCCUCUACCGGAACAACCAGUUCAGCCAGGAGGAGGUGAUUAUUGUGGAGAAGUUCAGGAAGAAGCUGAAUCAGACUGCCAUGACCAUUGUUAGCUUCUACGAGGUGGAAUACACCUUCGACAGGAAUGUGCUCUCCAAGCUCCUACACGAAUGCAAGGACCUGGUACAUGAACUGGUACAGCGACAUCUGACGCCCAGGAGCCAUGGGCGCAUCAACCACGUCUUCAACCACUUUGCUGACAUGGAGUUCCUCUCCACCCUUUAUAGUCUGGAUGGGGACUGUAGGCCCAACCUCAAGAGGAUUUGUGAAGGAAUCAAUAAAUUGCUAGACGAGAAGGUCCUUUGAAUGUCCUCCCUCUUCCUGGACUUGACUGCAUUCAUGUUAAAGCACCCAGCGUGUCCCGGGUGAGAAUCAGGAAAACGAGAAGAAGCCCUUGUCAAAGAUGCUUAUGUUCUGUCCUCAUCAUCCCUCUGAUGUUGAUGCUGGAAUAAGCGCAGAUGUGCUUAUCCCCUGAGCUUUUGAUGAGGUCUGUACUCAAAAGCCCCUUUGUUUGCAAGCUCAAAGGACAUUUCACCUGUUCUAUGCAGAAAAGCUGCCCUGCUCAUCAAGGUGGGCAGAGUCAUCUUGUAAAGUGGAAGGAGCCCUGGUCCAAGGGUCAGAGAACAUGGAUUUGGUUCCCAGCUCCACCAGUUACAAUUCCGUCCUCGUCCUCUAGAUCCUGAAACCAUCAUGCCUGCCUGCCUACCUCCCAGGGCUGCUGUGAGGGUUGAAUGAAACUGUGUAUGUUCUCACUUUUAAAAACUCGAAUAUAAGGUCCUGCUAGUUUCUCUGUGGGUUGUGGCAGGGAUCAACCCGGAAUCUAGACUAUUAAGCAGCAGAGAUAAGAACAAUAGUUUCUAAUGGGCUGGGUUUGCAGUCUGUCUCUAGAUGCACUAUUUCAAACAAAAUAAAAAUGAACUCAAAGGUUUGAAAAACUACAGCUGCAAAUGGGAAAGAAUGUUUUUUGAGAGUUGUGUUUUUAGGUCUUAGAUGUGCAGGUUUAUGGUACUGCAGAGGGAAACUUUCCAGGGGUUGAGGGAGUGGAGAGAGAGUUUCCCACCCAUCACAUAGAGGCAGAGAAUUGUGCACCCCUACCCUGCCCCCAUCUGAGGCACACCCUCCAUGAGGUGUGGGGGGUAGGGGAGUUUUAUUCCAGUAUGCACAGGAGAUUUGGGCAGAGUGAACCCCUAUCCGUCUUUCAUGGUCUUUCACAGUCAUUUUGUGUUGUUUUCUCUGGUUUGUUAAUAAAUUCAAACAACCCUUCAAACAA